CGCAUCCUUCCAAACGAGACAUAGCUAUAGUGUCUCUGCUCUGGUCUGCUGGAUAACCACUGAAACCCGCUUCGUGAGACAGGCCUCUCUACCCGAAGCUCGCAUCACACCUAUUUGUUUGCACAAGUCUAAAGGAUUCAAAUGAGAAGGUUUAGAUAACUUUUACGUUCUUUUUGGAUGAAUCAACAAAGCCGUUCAUUUCUGGGAACUUUUGACGGUCAGUAUUCUGCGACUUCAAACGGACAUUCACAACUGGGGAAAAUAUGUAUUCUUUUGCCGUGGGGCUGUAGAUGGGGGAGCACAACUGCUGGAAAACGGUGCAUGGAACUGUCAUUUUGCAUGAAGGCGAAAAUGCAUCGCCAUGAAUUGUGCUCUUGUAACACUUUUAUUUUGCUUAAACAUAAAAGGCACAUUCUCCAAGAGUAUUGUUUCUUCGACAUUAGACCAGCAAGUGGUUUUCUCCUGUAAUACCAGCAGCUGUGAGAAUGCUGAAUGGAGAAAAACCUUCAUCACAGAGGCAACUAUUGGCAAGUGCCAUAAACAGAGAUGCACUAUUGAAGAAGGUUUUCAAGAAAAAUUUACAUUCACAGACAACAAAGAAGGCUUGCUUCUCAUCUCAGCAAAAUACAGUGACCUGGGGACCUAUGAGUGCAUCUGUGAUGGGACUAAACAUUUUGUUAAAUUGGACAUUUUGCCUGCUCUAAACAUUACAGCAGCCGAGUUGGAAAUCAUCACCCUUUGGUGUUAUGCGAAUGAUGCAAAGGAUGUGACAUGGCUGCGUGAUGAUGAAAGAGUUCUGCAUUUCACAAUCAAUGGAUUUACAGUCCAUGGCAAAGGCUUUGAAAGUAGAGUAUCACUGAAAGAUGGCUGCUUCAAAAAUGGCGACCUCUCUUUGACUAUGACUGGCAUUCGCAAGACAGAUGCCGGACUUUACCGCUGCUUUGUCAAUGAUGAAACUACUAAAGGAUAUCCACACACCUAUAUGUUAUAUGUGAAUGAGAAACAGUCUAGUCCAGAAGGAAACCAUACAGAGUGCAACUCCAAUGCGGAAGAAGCUCUGAUCAUUUCUCUUCGGGUCAUCAAAUGUCUUGUUUUCAUAAUCUUAGUUCUUUUAGCUGUUUUAACCGCUAUGUUAUAUUUUAUUAUCAAAAAACAAAACAAAGGUGAAAUUCAACCAGCAUCAACUACAACCACUCAGACUGCACAGGAGAGUGUGAAUGAAAGUGACAAUCUGCUGGCAUGUGAUACCACCACAUCACCACCCACAGAUGACAGUCAGUCAACACCAACAGUCAUUAUACCCACUCAAGAGAGUGGCACUGAAUACAAUAAGCCUUCCAAUACCAAACCUUUUUAAUCUCACAGAAUGAGGCCUGUAGAAGUAUGGGGCAAUCUUAGUCCUGUCUCUAAAUGUUGCUAACUGCACUGCCAUAAUGAUUUUUGUUCUAUAGGAGAGAAUGUAAGUCUUUGGUGAGAAAUAAGGAAACUUUGAAAACUAGAAAUGUCUGUCUUUUCCUCUCUCCAAUGUGAAAACUCACAUUUUUCCUUUAAAUGUAUAUUUAUUGAAUGUUUUGGAAGAAAAACUGUAUUUAUUGUUCACAACAUUUUCUUUUUAUUGUUUACAGCAGUGAUUCUCAACUGGUCUUGCUUAAAGGGAUAGUUCACCCAAAAAUGCAAAUUCUCUCAUCACCCUCAUGCCAUCCCAGAUGUGCAUGACUUUCUUCUGCAGAAAACAAAUUAUGAUUUUUAGAAGAAUAUUUCAGCUCUGUGGGUCCAUACAAUGCAAUUGAAUGGUGACCAGAACUUUGAAUCACCAAAAAGCACAUAAAGUAGCAUAAAAGUAAUCCAUAUGACUCCAGUGGUUUAAUCCAUGUCUUUAGAAAUAAUAUGAUAGGUGUGGGUGAGAACAGACCAAAAUAUUACUUCUUUUUCACUGUAUAUCUUGCCAUCGCAGUCUCUUGGCACGAUCAUGAUUUCAAGCUCAAUUACACUUUCUAGUGCAUUAGAUGGCACUAGGAAGUUUGAUCAAGCUUGAAAUCAUGAUCACCAAUGAGACUGCUGAUGUCAGUAUUAUAGAUCAGUGGUCAUGACCGACCAGUUGUGAACCACUGCUUUACAUUGUAUGGAAGAAUAGUGCCUCUGUUUUAAAACCAUGAAGAGACUGCCAAAAGAGACAUUUUUAUGUUUGACAGCCACAAAGACAAUAUCAGAUUUCUCUUCUGAACCGCAGGUUUUAUAGCACUGAAAUUGCACAUCACUGUCUAUUUGAGCGAUGAGUGAUACAUAGGCCUAUCCUCCAGCUAGUUUGUUCAGAUCAUCUGUGCAACAAGCCGGUUGCAUCUUAAACGUGUAUAAAAAGUGUGGAGUCAGCCUUUAGUCAUUGUGACACCAAGCAUUAACACUCUCCCAGACAACCUUUGAGCAGUUGACUCAUUCAUGGGCUUUUCACACUUGAAAUUGUUAACCCAGUGACUUUUUAUUUUAUUUUUUUAGCCCCUUUUCUCCCAAUUUGGAAUGCCCAAUUCCCACUUCUUAGUAGAUCCUCAUGGUGGUGCGGUUACUCACCUCAAUCCGGGUGGCAGAGGACAAGUCUCAGUUGCCUCCGCUUCUGAGACAGUCAAUCUGUGCAUUUUAUCACGUGGCUCGUUGUGCAUGACACCGCAGAGACUCACAGCAUGUGGAGGCUCAUGCUUCUCUCCACGAUCCACGCACAACUUACCACGCGCCCCAAUGAGAGCGAGAACCACUAAUCGUGACCACGAGGAGGUUACCCCAUGUGACUCUACCCUCCCUAGCAACCGGGCCAAUUUGGUUGCUUAGAAGACCUGGCUGGAGUUACUCAGCACACCCUGGAUUCAAACUCACGACUCCAGGGGUGGUAGUCAGCAUCAAUACUCGCUGAGCUACCCAGGCCCCCAACCCAGUGACAUUUUAAACCCUGGGUUUAAAUUAGCUAUAACCUGGGGUUAACUGUAGUCUGAAACCCUUUAAAAGGCUUACUUUACUUUGUUUACUAUGGCCUCUUCACAAUCUGCUUAUAUUUUGUUUCUCUUUGAAACAUUUUGUUUCAUUUUUUUUGGUUAAUGUUGAAGCCAUAUUUAGGUUAUGUAUCUUGUAUGUUUGAUGUAUUUCUGGGCUUACACAACUAGGGGGCAGUACAUGCAUGAGGAGGAAGUAGGACGCUUGAUUGACAGUGUCACAUGAAUCUUAUAUUGUAUAUAUUUUUGGCUACUUCAAUAAAUGGGAUAACCACCCAAAAUA